AUGGCAGCAAACGGCGUAGAAGCCUGUCAAGACAAGACGGGGGCCGUGAUCAAGUAUGAGCAACUAAAUUUAGUCGUCAAAUUUGGUGACUGGUCUCAUGUGAGACUAGAAAAAGCCCAGACAAUGCUUGCUAUCAGACGUGCAUUCGCCAACGGCGAAAUUCCUCUGCCUGAGGUUUUCAGGUGGAGAAAGCUUAACGACAAAAAUUUCAUACACAUGAGUCUCGUAUCUGGAGACACAUUCCGUGAAGUGUGCACUCUCCUCAUAUCUGAAGGAUCGAUUCACAUUCACCAUGGGACUGUGCUGGACAUAAUUCUUUUUAAAGACGAUUAUGAAGAGGGGCCCUUUACCAACAUCAGGUCGAUUAAUGAUUUUGUGUUCGCUGCUGCCACAGGUAUACAGCUCGUACCAGAAGGAACCACAGGCUUUUAUCGAGAAUUCCUGUCGGACACGGGUUAUAUUUACGUCACUCAUGGAGACCUUACUCUCGGAAAUAUCAUCAUCUCAGGAGAACCCAAUUCACGACGAAUUGGUGACAUUAUAGAUUGGGAGCAGGCCGAUUGGUAUCCAGAAUACUGGGACUAUUGUAAGUCAUUAUAUGCAGUGGAACACACCCAUGAAUGGCGUAGCGAUGGAUGGGCUGACAAAGCCAUGCAACCGUAUGAGGUUGAUUGGCUCGCAUUUGCAGUACUCGUUGUGGCGGCGUCCACAAAAGCGAUAUACAUACUAACGAAUAUGCUGAACAACCAUCUGCCAUGA